UUGGAUUGGCCUAGAAAUGCCACUGAGUUGUAUUCCAGGAUUCACAUAUGGUCUUAUCCUUCUACAGCUAUCAAGGUGAGCUGCGUUGGAUUUUGUGGGGUGUCUAACAAAGUCAAUGACACGGCAUGGACUGUUGAGGAGCAGUAUUUUAACAGCACCCUCUCCUUGGCAGACAAAGGGGUCCUGACAGCUGGCGAGCACUCCUUUCCCUUCCAGUUCUUGCUACCAGCUUCAGCUCCCACAUCAUUUGAAGGGCCUUUUGGGAAGGUUGUCCAUCAGAUCAAAGCUGUGAUAGAUACACCCCGAUUCUCCAAGGAUUACAAGUGCAACAAAGUCUUCUAUGUCCUCUGUCCACUCAACCUGAAUGCCAUCCCCGAGAUUGAGCAACCCAACACUAUGUCAGUCACCAAGAAGUUCAACUACAAACUUGUGAAAAGUGGGAGCAUCAUUUUAACUGCCACCUCAGACCUCAAAGGAUAUAUUGUGGGGCAGGUGAUCCAGCUGCGCACAGACAUAGAGAACAAGUCUGGCCGGGACACUGGUGCUGUUGUAGCCCGUCUGCUUCAGAAAGUUGCUUACAAAUCCAAACGCUGGAUUUAUGACUUGCGGACCAUUGCGGAAGUGGAGGGCUCAGGGGUGAAGGCGUGGAAGCAUGCAGAAUGGAAGGAGCAAAUCCUUGUCCCGGCGCUGCCCCAGUCUAUUCUGCAAGGCUGCACCCUCAUACACAUUGACUACUAUAUCCAAGUUUCUCUGAAGUCACCAGAAGUUUCAGUCACCCUACCUAUUUACAUCGGCAACAUCGCUGUGAACAGAAUCCCUCUGAGCCCAGCCAGGUCAGUCCCACACAUCCCAUCUGCAGUGGUACCGAGCGCACCCCCAGAAGAGGAGGAAGCUGCAAGUGGCUACCACCCCAUGGACAAUGUUUCGAUCCCCACCAAAAGUCAUUCCCAGCAGCAGCCAUUCAGCUAUGCCCCAGGACUGAGCUUCCAGGAAGUAAGGCUGGAUUCGGACCAGACUGGCUCCCCAAACCACCCCACGCUCUGUUUGUCAACGGGAGCAACUGUUCCAUACUAUGCCGAAGGGACAGUGGUUCCAGUUCCCACUGCCAGCUCUCUCAUCCUGCCUCCGGAGUACAGCACAUGGGGAUACCCAUAUGAAGCGCCUCCUUCCUAUGAACAGAGCUGCAGCAGCGCCAACUCCAGCCUCAGCAAUGGCAACUAGCCCUGUACCAGAAGCCUGCAGGUGCUGCUCCUCCACAGCACUGUCUCUGAAGUCUGGUACAGCACAAAGCAUCUUCUAUUCCUGCAGCGGCUGGGCAGGGUGAAAGGCUUGUCCCAGUCUGGGAUUUUUAAGUCACUUUUUUUUUGUGGUCUCCUUCUUUGUUGUGUUUUAAAAAAAAAAAACCAGAGGGGGCUUAUUGGAAGUGGCAUGGGGUGUGGGGUCUGUGCAUAGGGAUGGGGAGAAUGGUACGUCUUGCCCCCUCACAACUCCAUUGCACCCUAUAGCAGAGGAGCUGCCUGCCCCUGGGAUGCCUUGCACAAUAAUAUGAUCCUGUACUGUAGUCCAACACUUACUGCUUUACUAUCAAAGCACCUGUGAUGCCUUAUUUGAAAUGCUACUGAACUGGUGUGU